AUGAUUAGAGGGAUAAACCCAAUAUGGCAAGCCCUCGUUGCUGGAUGCUUUACGUGGGGUGUGACGGCGCUUGGAGCAUCCCUAGUGUUCGUUAUGAAGCAUCAGAAUCGAAAGUUACUUGAUCUCAGCUUGGGUUUUGCGGCUGGAGUCAUGACAGCAGCGUCGUUCUGGUCGUUACUCGCUCCGGCUAUUGAAAUUUCGGAGAAGACAAUGGGAUCACUGGCUUUCCUUCCAGUGGCUGUUGGAUUUGCCGUUGGCGCGGCAUUUGUACAUUUCGCUGAUCGGAUGCUGCCCAGUUGUGUGAUGGGCGAUACUGUUGUAAUGGACUACUUGGCGCCGGCAAAAACUGAGACGCAGUUAUCGCUUGUAACCGCCUCCAAUGGAUCUGAGAGCGGAUCGGCCUCUCGGUACGACUCUGUUACCUCCAAAUCUUCAACUUUACGCUGUCGUGGCACUAGAAAUAGGCCUUCUGAAGCUCAAGAGAUCUGUGAAGAGAGUGACUCGGCAGAAACACGUGACAAGGAGACGAUGCGUCGUCUCGAAGAUGAAUAUCGGUCAUCGUGGAGACGUAUCAUGCUUCUUAUUUUGGCUGUCACAGUGCACAACAUACCUGAAGGUCUUGCUGUCGGCGUAGGAUUCGGUUCCAUCGGGAAAACUGAGGCGGCCAAAUUUGAGACAGCGUUCAAUUUGGCAAUUGGUAUCGGACUUCAAAACUUUCCUGAAGGAUUGGCUGUUUCGUUACCAUUGGCAGCUUUUGGUCACUCGAAACUGAAGGUAAGUGUUUAA